AUGAAGGCUCAUGGGCCUUUUGCGUACUCCGGAAGUUUCAUGAGGCCAAGCAGUUUACAGUUCCAGCUGUUCUCAAAACGCAAAAAACCUAUCACCGAUCAAGUCCUUUUGAAGACAGUCCGGUUCACCGAAAUGUCUGUGAACCCUUUGAAUACCAAGCUUAUCACCUAUAGUAAGAGGAUGACUGUUAUAGUUGCUGGGUACUCCAUGGACGGAUCCCGGGUGGAGAGAUGUAAGGUAAUCAGGGACCUUGGCGUCUUAAUCGACUCGUCAUUCAAAUUUGGCUCCCACAUCAGCCACAUUUGCUCCAGAGCCUCAAGGUCAUUGGGUUUGAUUAUCCGGACAGUUAAGCACGGGCUGAGUACCGGCGCUGUUGCCCUUAUGUUCAGGACACUUACUCGCCCGCUGCUGGAGUAUUGUUCUGUGGUCUGGUCCCCACACCAACAUGGACAUAUCAAACAUCUCCAGUCAGUGCAGAGACGCUUUGUGCGAUUUCUGGGAUGCCGUUCUGGGAUGAGGUACUUUGACGUCUCAGUGGACGAGCUGUCGGCUGCGUAUGGUCUUCGGAGUCUGGAGUGCAGACGAAGAGUUGCUGAUAUCUCCUUCCUGUACAGGCUCAUAAACUGCCAGAUCAAUUGCUUCAGCCUACUUGAGAUGAUCCGGUUUCGCAUCCCCACAGGAACAAGGCAGCAGCAUUUGUUCGAGCUGAGUCAUGCCGCCAGGAACUACCUCCGACAUAGCCCCAUCCCACGAUUGAUGCGACUCGGCAACGACAUUAGCUCGUCUGUGGAUUUUUUCUCCACAUCCCUUCGAGCCAUCAAAUACAUUACUGCGGACUCCAGCCCAGACCUGCAUUAG